AUCGAGUCUGACUCCUUGGCUCCUUUAGCCUCCAGCCUAUCUCCCAGCAACUACGAUCUCGACCUCAACGCACACCUCUCGGUCGAUGCCCUCUACCCCGUCGUCCCAACGGUCUACAGCACGCCGACGCCGCCCGUCCUGCCAAUCCACGGCCUGCCCGGCAGCCAGGAUAUGCAGUUCUCCCAGCCAACGCCGGUGUCGCGGAAGCGAACUUUCGAUACCUAUACCUUUUACGACUUUGUCAACGACGUCGAAAACGGCCAGAUUAGCGCCUGCUACGACGACGACAUGGCCUUGCGUCUCGAUGCUCUCUGCCACAGCUUGAGCCCAAGCACACCGGUAACCAACAUGGGCUCGAAUCCCUCGCAGCCUCCCGGUGCCUUUGGCUCAAAUAUGGUCUCGUUCCUGGACACCCUCAACUCGGACCUGUACUCGAGCACGCGCCAGACAUUUGGCUCCCAGAUCGCACUCCCCAUCCAACAGGGAUUCGCUUUCCAGUUCCAGAGCACCGACCCAAUGCUCUCGACCGACCCGCUGCAGUCCGACCCUCUCUUUGGCCUUUUCCCAAGCUCUUCCUCCUCCUUCAAUGGCGACAUUGCGCUGCACGACCAAGCCUUGCCAGUAGCCACGACGGGCCUGUCUCUGCCGCCAAUCGGGGCAGCCUCGCAGCCGAUCUCGCCGUACAACCCGGAUCUGGAUGGCGCAUCGCCAUACAACCCGGAUCUCACGUUGCACUUUGUCACGAUCGCACAGAGCGCCCCCGCUUCUACGAGCACCAAGAUCGAGCCCGCAAAGUCGCUGACAGAAUCAGAUCUCGCUGCCGCCGACUCCACCGCUGCCGCCGCUGCCCCAACGACAGCUCCGAGUGCCCAAAGCUCCGCAGGGUCGCCUGGCAACGAUGGUAUGGCUCAGCUGCUGGCUGCCGUUGGUCAAAUGUCGGUCAAGGACAGCCAGCAGGAUGACGAGUCGCCCGUCGAUGCCGCUCUCAAUGUACGGAAGCGGCACGCUGCCCUGCUCAGAUAUCUGAUCCAGUAUGUCAGCAACAAGAGCAAGGUUGCGGCCUGCUGAAGCCGAAAGCCGUCAAUGCUCGCUGGCGUCGGUGCCCACUUGGGGUCACUUCCACCAUCCAUACCGCCCACUCGCGCCUCUUCCCACCAAUG